AUGAUAAAAUUCGCAGUGGGAAUCAUAUGCUACUACAUUGUGUACUGCUCAUAUCAUGUUUAUCAAAAUGUAAGGACCCCCGUGUAUGAACACACAAGAGAUGGGAAAAAAGAGGAAAAGGAGCAGAAAGAACCUCACGUUGGUGAGAAAUAUAUUCAUAGGGCAUUCACAAACUUUUUCAAACAAGAAGACAAAGUGGAUUAUCACCUGUACAUGUCAUGUGAAGAAGAUAUUGACCUGAACAGAUACGUAAAUGAGAAAGAGAACUAUUUGAAGAAAAAAAAAGAUUUUAUUAACGUGUAUAAUUUUAACAACGUCUCGUAUGACUGGAGUUAUGGUCAUCCUCCAGGCGGAGGAACCAAGUGGUGGAACCUCCUCGCGCCGAGGAAAUAUCCUUCCGUUGAGCUUACCAUCCCGAAGAAGCUCAUAAAGAAGAGGAAAGAGAUUUACCUGCACAUACUUACCUACGUGAAUGGAGAACUCUACCGACAUGGCUUCGUCACCAGUGCACUCACGAGGGAGGGAGGCGGGGGGAAGAAGUGGACUCGCAAGGAGAAAUACCUCUGGAAGGGCUUCCUAGACGAGGAGGAGGAGGAAGAGGAAGAAGAAGAGGAAGAAAACGACGACGAGGAGGAAGAAGAAAAUGAUGAGGUACGGGAGGUGUACAACGGUCAGUACAAGGGGGAGCACGGCAAGAAGCAUGCCAAGAAGCAUGCCAAGAAGCACGCCGACAACGCAGACGGAGAAGACGAGGCUGAGGAGGAAGACGACGACAACGAGGACAAGGUCGAAGAAGAAAAUGAGCAGGAGACCCACACAGGUGACGCGUCAGAACGUGGGAAAAGUAAAAGCGCCAGAAGAGAGCCUCCCCAAGAUGUAAAAAAAAAAAACAAAAAAAUGAGGCCAAAAAGAAGACAUGUGAAAAAAAAAACAAAACUGAAAAAAUUUUACAUUCCUAAGAAGGUAAAAUUUGGCCCUGUCAUCGAGCAUAAUGAUAUCAACGUAAAUAAAAUUGGAUUUUUCUCGAACAUAUUUCUGGACAAACAAAAUAGUAUGUACCUCCUUCCAACCUACUACAAUGAUCACCUGACUCCGGAAGAUGAAUAUGAGCUGCUUCAAAUCGGAGGGAAGGCAAAGAAGGAAAACCUCGGACGAAGGAGAAAAAAAAAACACACACAAGAAGAUAAUGUGACACACUCGAAUGACAACCAUACGCAGCGUGAAAAUACUAUUGAAAUUGAAUACUCUCCAAUGAGCCUCCCCCAGUUCAAUCUCUACAACAUCGUCAUCUUUAAUGUGAAUUACGCGAAAGAGAAAUAUAAAUUUGCGUCACACGAUUUGGAUAACUUGGUCAUACACUUUUGUGGGAAUAUCCAUCUGUGCCUCAUCAUAUGUAUUCUUUGUUUCAUCCUUCUGCUAAUCGAUCUGGUGUCUCUCGUGUUUGACUUGACUAACUGGAACGGGGUGAAUCACUUAUAUUCCUUCCCAUCAGGCACCGUUCAUUUUAAGUUACUCUUCACCUCGUUCAUAUUUCUUUAUUUGAAGAAUAGAAGUGACUGCAAAAUAUUGAUGCUCUUUUGCGUGGCCAAGAUGGCUGUCUGUCUUUGGAAGCUGCUGGAUCGUUAUGACAUUGAAUUUAUGCAGGUCUAUCCGUACGUGUGCAUUACGAGAAACACGGAGGAUAUCGAGGGUAGCGGCGGGGGAGGCGGCACUGGCAGCCCAAGCAUCGCCAACGGCGGGGGGAUGCACAAGAAGCAGUCGCGGACCAAGGUGGAGGAAAUCGAAAAAUAUAUCAAAAUGAAGAUGCCAAACGUCAUGAUCUGCACCGUAGUAUCCAUGUGUGCAUACAAUUUUAUGUACACUCCGUAUGAUUCCGUGUACGCCUUCAUCAUUCACUCGGCUGCUCUCUCUUCCUAUUUGUUUAACUUUCUCUUCAUAUGUCCCCAGAUUUUGCGAAAUUAUUACACCAAGACGGUGGAGCGCGUUCCGCUGUUUUUUUUCUUCUUUCUUCUCCCAUAUGUGCUCGUGGAUGACCUGUUUGCGCUCGUGCUGCGCAUUCCCCUUAUGCACAAGUGGAACGCCCUGGGCAACGACAUUGUGUUUUUUAUUUUUUUGGUGCAGUACUGCGUAUAUAAGAAGGGGGGCUCCCGGGUGGGUCCCACCGAUGUAGCCGCCGCGCCCCAGGGCGCCCAGGCUCAGCGCGAGUCCAAAAAGAGGAAGUGA